AUGGAUGUACAGAUGGAGAACAUGGACCCCCCGCUUUGUGAAUCACAACCAAGUGGAAAAAUACGAAAAGGAUUCAAGCUGUUUGGGAAACGCAAGCCUGGCAACAUCUUUUCUCUUAAAAGCAACAAAUCACCUGUCACCAGGAGCCGAACCGUCGAUGGAUUACCCGACGGCGCUGUGCCUGAUUACGAGCUAGAGGCGGACAAGGAGAAGGCGCGGGAGGUGAGUCAAGGAGACGGCGAGCAUGCGGAGGAGGAACCGACGGGCGAAGAUGGCGUCCUGGCCGCUGCUCGCAACUCCAUCUCUUCAUCCGGCUCGGUCAAGUCUCUCCGUUUUUUUUCACGGCUGAGGGGAGCCCGGAGAGGAGGGGGCGACCGCAAAGUCCACACAGUGUCCCAGCCAGUGACUCAACAACGGCACGGUCUGAAGGGUCUCUUCGGCAGCAUGACGUUACGCCCGAAAGACAAGGACGACAAGGAGGAAGCUUUCCCAAGCCCACUCCUCAUGUCCUCCCGCUCUAACAGUGUGGAAAUCAUCAAAGAGGACAUUGGCCUCACCCCCAAAUCUCCUCCUCGCUCUCUGGAGAGCCGUGAGAAAGCGAGCAGUGAGAGAUCCCCGAUAGCAGCGGGUGAUGUGAGCAGCACUGAUGAGGAUGCGGCGCCUGUGCCUGCCACAGAACCUCCUGUGGUGGCCACUGAGAGCAGCCUGGGCUCCUUACUGGACGACAUCUCCUCUCUCCUCACCUUCGAGUCCAUCUCAGGAGGAGACAUCAUGGCUGACAUGAAGGCCGAGUGGGGCAGAGCCAGAUGCGCCUCCAGUCCGAAAACACCCGAGGUCUCGGCAUUGGCCUCUUCUCCCUCUUCCAAACCUGACAUCACAUCUCCUCUGACCUCCGCCUCUGUGACCACCUCUUCCUCACCUGUAGCUGCCGGCACUCACUCUAUAACUUAUAGCGAUAUUCUUGCUGUUUCUAAAGAACUUCCAUCAAUCCCUGCCACUGGUCAGAGUCCAAUCUCCCAGUCGCGAACCCCUCUGUCCCCCGUGUCUGUAUCAACAGACCCUCCUGUUCCUGCUUCUGCAGUGUCUAUGACUACUCCAGUUUCUGUGCCGAAAAGCCCUCCUGCUCCAGUGCAGAUCCCUGUUACUCAAUCGAAAUCACCCGUUCUUCCCGCCACUUCCUUCCCUGCCACUACCCCUGUGCCUUUGCCAAGUGAAGCUGCGGCAUCUAACAAUAUGAACGCAAUUGAGCCAUCAACAAAUGGACAGUUGUCUUGUCCGAGUAGCACAAAUGGGCAGACAAGCACCGUGGAGGAACAGCAUAAUGGGUCACGCAUGGACCUCCCCAAAGAAAGGAAGACACAAGUAAAGGCACUCAGCAAAAUACCCGUGGUUGGAGGAGGCAGAGCCGGGAAGCUACCAGUACGGGACAGCCAACAUACUGAUGACGAUUCAAGCAGGGACCCGCCCACUCCCAUAGAAGAGGACAGGCGUCACUUGGACUUUCACAACACAGGGAACAGAGACAAAGGUGGCAGUGUUGAGGUUCAUGUGCCCACCUUCAAACACAGCCAGGAGGAGAGUCAGCCGCUACACCAGUCGAAGGCCCCUGCCGGUGUUCCGCGUGACUCUAAAAUCCCCGUCAAGCACGGCACACAGUCUCCACCCGCAUCCCAAAUCCCGCAAGCUAAAGAAACCCCUCGCACCAAAAUACCUGUCUCCAGAGUCCCGGUCCGCAGAGUGGGUAAUAAGCCUACAACUUCUGGUGUCGUGAGAAAAUUAUAA